CGCGACGGGCGCGUGUGCGGCUCUUGAGCACGUCGAUGCACUGGACGUGUUACUUACCAAGUACACCUACCAUAAGGUCAGCACGCUGAUACUCCAUCCAUGGAUGUACUGGAGGCUGACAGCCUACUAGUUGAAAGAAACAGCCGCCCAGCGCAACGAAGAACUACGUGCGCAUCAUACUAUGCUCAUGUCACACUAUUCUGCGGAGCAGUUGAUGUAUCUCGACGAGUCCGGUGUCAAUGAACCCAACGCUCGGCGCACCCAUGGAUUUGCUCCCAAGGGCAGAAAAGCCAGGGUAUCGAGAGUCCUCAAACGUACACCCGGAUGGUCCAUCCUCCCAGGUCUUACAGUCGAUGGAUUCGUGGCCCUGCACAUCUACCAAGGUGCUUACAAUGCGGACCUAUUUUACGACUUCAUCGAGAAAGAGGUCAUCCCGAAUACAACACCCUUCCCAGGGCCUCGAUCUGUGAUUGUAAUGGACAAUGUGCGCUUUCACCAUGAUCCCAGAAUUGCAGAAAUCCUC